AUGGAUCUGGUAACAUCACCUCCUACGCAGGCCCCAACGGCGGCCUCCACUGCUCCCUAUGGCCGAAGCACCACCACCACCACCAGUGCGAUCACCGCUUUCCCUGGCUCUGACAACUAUCCAGUCUUCCCCAAUGGCAAAUACCUAUCCAAAUUCUAUCUCGUCUCGGGCCAGUACUCCGGCCUAACCGACCUAGAUUACCACCUCUACAAUGUCUGCUAUCUGCCGUACCGCCCCUUCGAUGUCGGGACCUCGUUUGACAUCAACAAGAGACGGGUCUCCCAUACAGACUCCAAUGCACCACGCCCAACAUAUCUGAUUAACGACCCGCCAUGCAAGCGGCAAGCGGCGAUCAAUACCAACUGCCACUUCAAAAAUACCAACGGCACAUUCUCAGGCUUGGAGCCCUAUACCAACGAUUUUGACGUACAACAGCAAUGUUACUGCGAGAAAUACCCCUUUUUUGACUCUACUCUUGGAUGUAUGAAGUGUUUUGAGACACAUGGUGGAAUUGAGGGUUACCACUGGUUCCCCAAGAGCUAUGUAGAUGCUGCAUCAAAAGCAUACUGUGGGCAGGUCCCAGCACCAGCUGAGUUCUUCGCCUUUAUAAAGGAGUGGGCGAAGACGGAUCCCGCUGCAACUCUGCAAAGCACCACUGCAUCAACUAUCCUUGGUACGCAAACUGAUGCCAGUCUGUACUAUACAUACGCUGCUGCUUCUACCACUAGCCCAAGCAGUGCUGUUCAAGCAAAGCCUCUGGGCCUAAGGAAGAUACUGCUUGCUGCCCUAGCUAUAGGAUUUGCGCUUUACCGAUGA